GGUAUUUGAUGUGCAGCCAAAAAUGUUGAUGGAUUCUCCUUAUGUCUCAUAUGAUGAAUCAAAUGAAGUAAAAGGUGUGUGCUCAGGCAAGAUUGAUUUGUACUCCAUUGCUAGUAGUAAAUAUCAAAUGAACAAAGAUAAUAAACAAAAAGUUUUAUGUGUCUGUGAAAAAUGUUUAAUUAAUUCAAAUGGAGAUGGAAGAUAUGUACAUUAUACAACAAAAAAUAGACAUCAGAGUAAAGCAAAUUUGAAUAAAGAAAUUGAAAUGUCAAUAGAAAGUAACUCAAGCUCUGAUUCUGCAUCAAAUUCCGAAAAUAAUUACUUAAUGUCUUUAGAUGAUAAUUUAUUAGCAAAGGAAGAGGCAGGUGGUUAUUUAAGUGAUAAUAUUGAUUCUGAUAAUGUUGAUAUCAAUGAAAAUAUGAAAGGUUACAAUGAUAGUAGUGAAAAUGAGAAUAGGGAGGAAAGUAAUUCAGUUGAUGAUAUGGGUGUGGGUGGUGAGAAUGAAGGUGAAUUAUCUGAAGAGUUAAUAACUGGAAUGAAAUUAUUUUAUUUAAAAACAAAGCAUAAUUUUUCUGAUCAAGCAUUUAAUGAUAUUGAAUCAAUUAUUUUGAAACAAGGAUUUAGUUUAUUUAGA